CGGUGGUCUGUCGGGACCGCCCGUCAGACAUGACCCUUUGAUCCUGCCCGAGUGAAUGUAUCAAUAAAGCAUUCUGCGGAAACCUCCAGCGUGGACUAUAGGUCUCGGUGUGGAUAUUUAACUAUAGCCAGGUUUGAUAGAUUUAAUUGUCAUUUCUUUGACUUCUUUAGAUAGCUACCGUCGACCUGCUAAGUAAAGAAAGAAGAGAGAGCAUUUUGCAACGUUAUCAGGCGUAAAAGAUGGAACUUACCUCCAUGUUGCGAAGAGUAUGUUUGACUGCGUUCGUUGGUAUCCUCCUAGCGUCAGCCCUUACUGCCCAGAAUUUCAGAUGUAACCCCGACACGUCCUUCAAGUGCGAUAACGGGCGUUGCAUUUCUGCCACGUGGGUAUGCGACACCGAGAACGACUGCGGCGAUAACAGCGACGAAAUGAACUGCAGUCAGCGGAGUUGCUCACCAGACGAGUACCAGUGCCCUAACGGUGAAUGCAUUCGUAAGCGAUGGGUAUGUGACGGUGAGCCGGACUGCGAAGGUGGAGCCGACGAGAAGGACUGUGCUAACUCCAAAUGCAAGGAGAGUCAGUUCAGGUGCAUGGGAGGAGUGUGCAUCCCGCGGGACCUCGUAUGUGACGGGUUUCCCGACUGUAAACAAAAAGACGAUGAGGACAACUGCGGGCAGCUAACGUCGUGCGCAACUGGUAACUUCCUGUGUAAAGACACAAGCAAGUGUAUCCCGAAGGCGUGGCUUUGUGAUGGUGAAAGUGAUUGCUCUGACGGCAGUGAUGAGGCUCAACUCCUCUGCUCGAUGUUUACUUGUAAAGCAGGCGAUUUCAGAUGCGCAAAUGGUCGAUGUAUUAGCGGGGCUCUCGUAUGCGAUCUUGAUGAUGACUGCGGGGACGAAAGUGACGAAAGAGGAUGCGCACCAAGCGCUGCUACACAAGUGUCAGGAAGAACGACUCCUCGUGCUACGACCACCCCAACGAAAGCAACUUCGGAAACCAUGAACUUUACCAAACCAGCGGGUAUACUAUCACCAGUGGUGCUCUCAACACAAAGAACGUUCCUGCGGACUACACCAAUCCCGAGUACGGUUAAGCCGAGAUUAACGACAACAAACUCAAGCACGGUUACCGUCCGGACUACGAUCGGAGAUACGAACUCUGCUAAACCAACCACAGUGACUAUAGGGACAAUAUCGACAGCCAGUUGGACAACAUCGCCUACCCAUCGUAACAUAUCGGAAACAGGUUUGAAAACAUCGGCAACCAGUCGAAAAACAUUUUCGAAUAUACGGCCAACCUCGGAAACAAGUCGGAAAACAUCAGGAAAUAGUGGAACAACGACUGCGGUUAGUUUGACAAUCUCGGUAUCUAGUCGAAAAUUAACGACUAGUACUCGAACGUAUAUAAAAUCAUCGGAAGCUAGUCGGUCAUCAUUAAUUCCUAGUCGAACGAUGCCUACGAAUCGACUGACAACUUCAAAUAUGUUAUCGACAUUAUUAACGUCUACUGCUAGAUUGGAUGAGCCGACGAGAAUGCCAUCAACUACUAAAGCUACCACUAAAAGAUAUCCUACUAAAAGACCUACUACUAAAAGACAUUCUACUAGAUUACCUACACGAAAGAUGAUGUUGACUCGUGCGUUAAGUACAACACCAAGUACAACACCAGAGUUAAGACGAUGCGGGGGUGUCCUGACGGCUCGCGAGGGUCUUAUAAUGUCACCAAACCACCCCCGACCCUACCCCUCUGAUACGCACUGCAAGUGGGUCAUCAGUCUACCGAGCUACUAUCACGUGAUCAGUGUUGUCAUAGAAACGCUGCGUCUGGAGCCGGACCGUCACUGCUCGUUUGAUUAUCUCAUGUUUAUGGAUCGUCUGUAUAACCAAGUGGGAUGCCGGCACUGUGGCUCCUAUAUCUACCCCGUGACACUAGACAUCAAGGGGAACGUCCUGAUUAUAGUAUUCAACUCAGAUAACCACAACAACAAGCGAGGAUUCAAGUUGCGAUACAAAGCACACUGGAAUUGAUGCAAUAUUUAAAAAAAGAAAAUCCAGCAGAGACAAGCCGCUGUAUAAAUUAAGGGCGUAUUAAGCGCUAUUAUUAUGCUUUACGCUUUCCCAUUUAUUGCUAUAUGUUAUAUAUUCAUAGGAAAUCAAUAUUUAAAAUUAUGUCUAUAAGAAUAAAGUUAUAAAUAAAAAAAUGCGAACACGUAUUUUAUUCUAUAUUUCCAAACUUCAAAGUGGUAAAAUAUUUUUUGUCAGAAAUUUAGCGUUAAAACAUUUCUUUUUUCAGCCAUAUGUUGUUGCUUUUCCCGAACACCCUUAACCUUCGCUGAGGUACUCGGC